UGUUCCAUUCUUUCGCGCCUUUUCUUGAACAAACAAGAAUGUGAGAAUCACUUUUGGAAUACAAAACACAAGCGUUUGUACCAGCUUGUGGAUGUUUUUUGAUUGCGAUCGUGUUACAAUUUUCAGUUGAAUCGAGCUCGAAACCAUAAUGUACUGGAAUCCGAACCAUGCUGAGGAAGAGGAAGAUUCCCAGGAGUAUGUUUUCGGCGGUCGCGAAGGACUGCUGGCACUAAUCGAUUGCGCCGACUACAUGUUCCUUGAGCGGGACGAUGGGUCCACAAACUUCAAGGAGACACUAGCGUUGAUUGAAGCUAUCAUGAGAAACAAGAUCAUCAGCAGCGAAAAGGAUUUGGUUGGAGUUGUGUUCUACAACACGGAGCAUAGUCCAGCCCCUGCGGAUGAAAUAGAGCUGGAAACCGGAUUGGUAGUCCCGAAGAAAACUGCAAUUUACAUGCCACUAUCGAAUCCAUCGGCUGAUUCCAUCCGUAAAAUUAUAAACUUUAAAGAUUCUGAGGAUCUUGACUUCGAUCGAAAGUUUGGACAUUCCCAAGAUAGCAACCUGUCGGACGUCCUUUGGCUGUGCUCACGACUGUUCACACGAUGUGGCUAUAAAUUGGAGCAAUCCAGCAUUGUCCUGUUCACAUCGAACGAUGAGCCGCAUUCGGCCGGAAGCUACGAAUAUCAGCAGUGUUUUGUCAAGGCGAAGGAUCUUCAACAGCUGGACAUCAACAUAGUUUUGAUUCCGAUGAGCGAGCAGUUCGACGGCUCCAAGUUUUAUCAGGAAUUUCUUUGUACGGUAGCCGACGAAGAUCCCGAUCAGUUCACAUUCCCUUGCUACCAAGAAUCCCGCGAACCACUGCUAGCAAGGAUUUUCAGACGGGAUUUCAAGAAAAAGGCCCUUUCGCACGUGAAAUGGCAGCUGUCCGAUGAUGUUUCGCUGGGUGUCAACAUUUAUUCCCUAUCCAGGAAAACCAAAUAUCCUGCGAAAGUGAAACUACUACGAGACACAAAUGAAGUUAUUGUUUCAAAGCGAUCCUAUCAAGUGAUAUGUGCCGAUCAUGAUCAAUCCGGGCCAAGUAGCAAGCCGCUUCUUCCUGGAGACCAAAGAAAAACUCUCACGAUCGGUGGUGAGAAAGUCAGUUUUUCUGUAGACGAGGUUACCAAUAUGAAGCAGAUGUUGCAGCCGGGCAUUCAGCUAUUGGGGUUCAAACCAAUCUCCAAGGUUUCGCCUGUCAACCAUUUGCGUAGCUCGCUUUUCCUAUAUCCCGAUGAAGGCACAAUUUCAGGAUCUACCGUUCUGUUUCGGGCGCUGUACGAAAAGUGCCUGGCCAAGCAGAGAGCUGCGUUCUGUAUGCUCACCAUGAGGCGAAAGCAACCAUCCAAACUUGUUGCUCUGAUUCCCCAAGAAUGCUGUUUCAAUGAAGAUGGAGAACCGUAUCGCCACAGCGGAUUCAGAAUUGAAUUCAUUCCUUAUGCAGCCGACAUGAGGAAACUUGAUGUUUUUGAAAAAUCGACACCGGAAGUUAGUCAAGAACAGAUCGAUGUAUUCAAGUCAGUAGCGAAGAAAAUCAAGUUCAAAUAUCAUCCGUCUCAGUUUGAAAACCCGGUUCUAAUGACAACGUAUACCAACAUUGAAGCCCUCCUGUUCGACAGACACGAUUUGGAAGUGUACGAUUCAACAAAACCGGAUGACGAUCGUAUCGAUAGCAAAGUAGGAACAUUCGUCGACAGAAUUGGUACUUUGUUCGGAGAGGAUAUUACGGAAGCCCCCAAAAGACGCACUAAAGCUGCCGAUGGCGAAGGACCUAGUUCCAAAGCAGCAAAACUAGAUGUUGACCCAGUUACCAUAAUUGAAGCCAUACAGUCAGGGAAGACUGGAUCUGUUCUUGUUGGAACUCUCCGAGCUUACUUGCAGCAACAGGGUGUCGAUGGAGUUUCCAAGUUGAAUAAAGCGGAUUUGAUCAACAAAAUCAAGGCGCAUCACAAUCUGUAAAUUCUAUUUGUUGAGUGUUUUAUUAUUCGAUUUGUUAUACCUAAAAUACACCAUUUUUUCUUCGU